UUGGGCCACGGUCUGCGGGAGCCCCUACCGGCUGUUUCUGGGACCCCAGCUCUCCUGACCAGGACGCCUUCUUUGCUCAGCUGUUUAGAUGCAUAAUCUUGAUCCUCGCAACAGGCCACAUACAAGCCAGCUGUACCAGCAUGUUCCGGAGACUCGGUGGCCCAUCGUGUACUCGCCCCGCUACAACAUAACUUUCAUGGGCCUGGAGAAGCUGCACCCCUUUGAUGCAGGAAAAUGGGGCAAGGUGAUCAGCUUCCUAAAAGAAGAGAAGCUUCUGUCAGACGGCAUGCUGGUAGAGGCCCGGGAAGCCUCAGAUGAGGACCUGCUGGUGGUGCACACGAGACGCUAUCUCAACGAGCUGAAGUGGUCCUUUGCUGUCGCUACCAUCACAGAAAUCCCCCCUGUCAUCUUUCUUCCCAACUUCCUUGUGCAGAGGAAGGUGCUGAAGCCCCUUCGGACCCAGACAGGAGGGACGAUAAUGGCGGGGAAGCUGGCAGUGGAGCGAGGCUGGGCCAUCAAUGUGGGUGGCGGCUUCCAUCACUGCUCCAGCGACCGGGGCGGGGGUUUCUGUGCCUAUGCGGACAUCACACUCGCCAUCAAGUUUCUGUUUGAGCGAGUGGAGGGCAUCUCCAGUGCCACCAUUGUUGAUCUCGAUGCCCAUCAGGGCAAUGGACAUGAACGGGACUUCAUGGGUGACAAGCGCGUUUACAUCAUGGACGUCUACAAUCGCCAUAUCUACCCUGGGGACCGCUUUGCCAAGCAGGCCAUCAGGCGGAAGGUAGAGCUGGAGUGGGGUACGGAGGAUGAUGAGUACCUGGAUAAAGUGGAGAGAAACCUUGAGAAAGCCCUUCAGGAGCAUCCUCCCGAUGUGGUGGUGUACAACGCAGGCACCGACGUCCUUGAGGGCGACCGCCUUGGGGGACUGUCCAUUAGCCCACAGGGCAUCGUGAAGCGAGAUGAACUGGUGUUCCGGGUGGUCCGUGGCCACCAGGUGCCCAUCCUCAUGGUGACCUCGGGCGGGUACCAGAAGCGCACAGCCCGCAUCAUUGCUGACUCCAUCCUUAAUUUGUAUGGCCUGGGGCUCAUUGGACCUGAGUCACCCAGCAUCUCAGCACAAAACUCAGACACACCUCUGCUACUCCAGGAGGUGCCCUGACUGCACUGCCCUUCUGAGUGGCUCCCUGCCUGCCUCCCACCCUGCCCCCGCUCAGUGCUGCUUCUUUUCUAACCGCAUGGGGCGGUGGGGGCAGCUGCUAGGUGCCCAGGGCCUGUCCCUGAUGGGGCCUGCCUUAGGGGCCUGGCAGGCUGCUCCUCUGCUCUCCCCACUGGAUGUUGGAGGAUCUCCAGGCCUCUUUGUGGGUGGGAACAGAAAGCAGUCCCAGGAAGACAGCGCAUGGGAUCACGGGUCUGACCAGGCCCUGGGGAAGCAGGUAGUUCACCCAAAAAGAGAGGAGGGCACGUGAGGCUCUGGGUGCAGCAGGGAGAGCCCCCAGAGGUCAGGGUACUCUGGUUUUCAAAAAUGUCAGACCCAUGUCAGACCAAGGAAGCUUCCAUCUCUACUGUGGUUGGGCCUCUCCCUCUUACGUCAUGCAAUUUGCUCCCCUUCUUGUCUCAGGCAGGGCAUGAGGCACUGGGGACAACAUGUGGGUGGGACUGAGAGUUGGGUACAGAAGCCAGGCCUCUUGGAGGGGCCCUGAAUUCCUGGCCAAUAGGCAGGAGCCCUGGUCCUAUAUGUGAGGGGUGGCAGGGAAGGAGGUUCAGGUGGAUUUUCCCUCCUGCCAUUCCCUUUCAAAAAUACAAGGACUGGACCUGCCCCCUGAGUUCCUCAGUGAUGAUAAAGUGAUGGGGAGGCCUGAGGAGUCCCAAAUCCCUGCUUCUGUAGUGGUCUCACCUAUUCAGGGGGAAGGGGCACUUUUGGGAAGAACACUUGGCCCAGGGCUUCAGCAAUGGAGGCAUAAUGGGGCCACUGACCCCAGUGGGGAGGGGGCAGAGAAGGUGAGGCCCGGACGGGGAAAUUUUGGAUAGGGCACCUGGCCAAGCCAGGUCCUUCGGGAACUGAGGCCCCAUGUAGGGACUGAGGCACUGGUGAGGCCAGGCUGGAGUUUCUGGAGGGUCUCCAUCCUGGCCUACAGGCCACAAGGGAAGGGGGCUGGGGUGGGGUCCUGGGUGGAGCUGCAGCCUCCACUGGUCUGACCCAGAUUCUUUGAGGCCCUGAUCACGGUCUAUGUCCAGGGUCCCGAAUGGGCCCGAACCUUGUCUUCAGCUCUACUCUGAAGGGGACUCUUAGGAUUCUCAGAAAGCUGGGCUGGGGAAGCAUCUACUUCUCCUUUGCCUGGGUGUGUGCCUAGUGGACAAAGGUGGGGCUAAAGAGUAAAGAGGUAUCUCAGUCCCAGACCAACUCCACAUAUGGGACUCGUAUUCACUACAAUCUGGGGGUGCUCCUGCAAUCUCCUUUCUCCGUCAUACUCCCUUGCCACUCCCUCUGCUGGAGCAGGGAUGAGGUAGGGUAAAAUUUCAAAGAUCUCAGACUGUCAAAAAGGCUGACCUUCUGGACAAGACCUGAGACAUUAACCAUGCUCUUAGACCCUCACCCCCCACACCUUGUCAUUGGUUUCUCUCUAUCUGACUUGAGAUCCCUAACAUCCCAUUAUCCCAGUGCAGCUUGUGACAUCUGGGGAAAGGCGGUGAUGUGGCUCAUCACUGUUGAGCUUCUGUUUGUAGAGAACCAUAAAGGCUCUUCUUGAU